AUGCACUCACCUUCUCACGAUCAAGGCAGCACGGUGACAGAUUUCUUACCUGCUGAGCGUGCAAGAGGCAUCACGAUUCAGUCCGCAGCCAUCUCAUUCUCCUGGCCCCCAUCUGCUGGCCAUAAGGAGCAACCAUCCACACCCGGAACUCCAAGAUCUUCGAUCCCACACAACAUUAAUCUGAUCGACACACCUGGCCAUGCGGACUUCACAUUCGAGGUUUUACGAUCAUUGCGAGUUCUAGAUGGAGCAGUAUGUAUCUUAGACGGCGUGGCAGGAGUCGAGGCGCAGACGGAAAAAGUAUGGGCUCAAGCAGGAGCCUAUGCCAUUCCCAAGAUUAUCUUCGUGAACAAACUGGACCGGGAUGGUGCUGCAUUUGCAAGAACUGUAAAGGAAGUUGGAGCAAGACUUAAUGCUUGGCCUGCUGUGUGCGGCAUUCCCUGGUGGAAUUCUGAAGGACGACUGCAGGGCGUCGGCGAUGUUGUCGGUCUUCGAGCGCUCAAAUAUCCCGAAGGUGGCGAUGGCAAAGAUAUCAAAACCUUCGACAUGGAACAGCUGAAGGCUGAAGAUCCGGCACUUGCUGCAGAGCUGAAGAAAGCUCGUAUCGCGCUGGUUGAACGACUUUCUGAACAUGAUGAUGAAAUGGUCGAGAAGUACCUUGAAGCUGAGGAAGACCAUUUGGCAAUCAGCUCCAACGACACGAUCGAAUCGCUUAGAAGAUGUGUAUUGCAAAAUCCCCAGCAAGUCGCACCUCUGUAUGCAGGAGCUAGCUUUCGGAACAUUGGAGUCCAGCCGCUCCUGGACGCGGUUGUCGACCUACUGCCUGCACCAGAAGAGCGACCGGAUCCUGAAGUCAGCCUUGGCUCCGACUCUGCCACCAAGGGUGGUCUUGGUGCCUUCUUGUCUGGCAAACUCGUUGCCAAGGCUGCGCCAGCGGAGCUCAAGAAAGGCAAAGCAAAACCGUCGAUGGCAUUGCAGAAUCUCGAGACUUGCGCGCUGGCAUUCAAAGUCGUCGCCGAUGCGAAACGCGGCGUCCUGGUCUACGUACGAGUGUACUCUGGCAUUCUAAACAGGAACGUAUCUCUCUGGAACACUAACUUGCAGAAUAUGGAACGAGCUCAGAGACUGCUCAAAAUGUAUGCAAAUGAUGCUGUGGAGAUCGAUUCCAUCUCUGCAGGGCAGAUUGGAGUAAUACCUGGUCUCAAAUUUGCCAGGACAGGAGACACCUUGAUCUCGUAUCAUGGGGCCAACCCCAAGACUGGACCGCCAUCUCCAGUCAGCACAUUACAGCUUCGACCAAUCGAUGUGCCGCCUCCAGUAUUCUUCGUCAGUGUUGAGCCAAACAGCCUAGCAGAAGAGCGACCUAUAAAGGAGUCACUAGAGCUUCUACUGCGAGAGGAUCCCAGCUUGCACGUCUCAGUCGAUGAAGAGAGCGGCCAGACGCAUCUAUCUGGUAUGGGCGAGCUCCAUCUCGAGAUUGCAAGAGAUCGUCUCGUACAGGACCUCAAGGCCAAAGCCCGAAUUGGCAACAUUGAGAUUGGCUACCGUGAAGCAGUGACUGGGGCCAGUGCGUCUAUCACUGAGGUCUUUGAUCGCGACAUUGGAGGCAAGAGUGCCAAAGCCGCUUGCAUGGCUAGUGUGGAAUCGUUAGACGACGAAGUUGGGCCAGAUGGCAAGCACACGCACACCUUCACGCUCCACGACAACAAUUGCCUCACCAUCACUACGCCAACACUUCGCAAGGAUGGCUCAAGUGUUGACGAGGAGAAGCCGAGCCUACCAGACACUAUACCGAUGCAGACACUUCUCCAAUCAUUCCAGAAUGGUGUUUCGGCUGCUAUGGCUCGCGGUCCCGUCCAUGGCUACCCUCUUCACUCGACAGAUAUCAAUAUCACGUUUGACCCCUCGCAGCAUCUUUUCUCAAACACCACACCAGCAGCGCUCUCUUCCGCAGCCCGACUGGCUGUGCACUCGGCUCUGAAGCAGAGCGCAGAAUCGAGUCCAAGCGUCAUGAUGGAGCCCGUCAUGCUAGUCACAAUCUCCGUCAACGAAGACUCGCUAGGAUCUGUGGUGCACGACAUCUCAUCAGCACGUGGAGGCAGCGUUUUAUCUCUCGGCGCCGAGGAUGAAACCGAUGCAUCGCAACAGGACAUGGACGUGAAGAAGAUAUAUACACCCCCAGACCCUUUCGCCGGAAGCAGUUCUGGAUUCGCCCAUGCAAGUCUAAGUGGAGGCAGUGGUAUGAGACAGAUUGUCGCCAGAGUACCAUUGAAAGAAAUGGUAGGAUAUCUCAAGCACUUGAGAAGUCUGACCGCUGGACGAGGGACUUUCACGAUGGUCGUCGACAAUUUUGAACGACUCAGCGCUCAACGGCAAAAAGCUGCACUCAACGAGAUGCGAGGCGAAUAUGCUUGAGAACAGAGCAUUGUACAAUACUGUAUCAUACUAAUGAAGUCUGCUCCUCAUCGUCACUAUUCCGAGCCAAAGCAGGGCUGAUUUCAAACAGGCUCAACAGUCCUAACCCCUGCCCUAGCAGGGCUCGCCGGCAAUGCAACGCCGCCUUCCAACCUCAUAUCCUUCAUAGCCUUAACCAUUCCACACUGCGGACUGGUCUCCCUACUGCUCCCAGGCCUCUCGCCACUCACAGGCCUCGACUUAUUCCCCUUCUCCCCACUCAACACAGGUAAAGAAAUCUCCUCCGCUCCGAGCGUCUGCUUAAUAUCCUCUAACAACAGAUCCAUAGGACAAAUAUACGUUCUACCUUGUCGACUAGCGAGGACAUGUCCACAAACUCUUCCGUCCUCAUUGCUGAUCACCCAUGCACCAGAGUCACCUCCCACUCCAAAGUUGGCUGCUGUGAUCGUCCAACUCGCACUGAAGGUACUGCGACCAUGGAUUUUUACGAGUUCCAUUGUACUCGACACGAUACCACUCCCCAGUCCUGAUGUUCGUCCGAGGCAAUGGACUUUGGCGUGAGCGAUGUCUUGGCUUGCUCGGAUGGAUGUGGGGUAGGAAUUUCCGUGACGAUCACCUCCUUUGCGACAGAAGCGCGUGCCGCCCUUUAUGAUGUUGUAAGUUGGGAGACGUGGAGGUAGGAGUUCGAAGAGCGCCCAGUCGAUUUCUUG